CGAAACUUGCAAGCUAUAGCUUAUUAUUUCCUCUUUCUGGGUAUUUUCCUCACUUAUGUGCGAAGGACGAUCAUAGCUGGCUGGUAUGUUAGACAAACUGUGACGAGGACAGCAUGGAGAUUUUUGGUUCGCUGAAAAUCGCAGGGGACGAGGAAAAUGAAAUUAAAUACUGUAAGGUGAACCAAAAAUCUAAAAUCGAGAGAAUAUUAACAAACUGGGGAUUAAAGAGAACGGGUUUGUUACUCUCCUUGACGGGCACCACUUUUCCAGACAAAGAUAAACAGAAAGAGAUUGUCAAGGCGCUUGCUGAGGUUCUUGCUAGUACAGGUGCUUGGGUGAUCUCUGACGCAAUUGAUGAUGUUGGAAAUAUUCUAAAAGAAGCUGUUUUAGAAGUAGAAGCUAUCAAUGAUUACAAACCGGUGAUCAUCGGUGUUUUCCGCUGGGAAACCUUUGGACAAAAAUAUUGUAAGAUGAAUCGAGUACCGCAGGAAGAUAAACAUUUCACGCAUUUCAUUUUUGUUGAUGACGGCAUCGGUUUUGAUGAGUAUCGUGUGAAGCUAGACUCAACAAUUUCUAGCAGUGCAUUUGGGAGUGUUGGCGCAAAAAUCCCAGUCGUUGUAUUAAACAUUUGUAAUGAUGUCAACAACAAGUACUUGGAAUUAUCUGUGGAAAACGAUCACCCGGUAUUAUCGUUUGGAGAUUCUAAAUCUAAAAUGCAAUUAACCGAUGAAAAUAUGAAGGGAAAGGAACAUCUUGUUUCAUAUAUCACUAGCGCCAACUCGAUUGAAUAUGCUUAUGCAAUCUUGAAGUCAGUGAUUGGGACGAACGACAAAUCAAUUGAUAUCUUAAGGCUUUCCAUUGUUUGGAAUGAAUCACAUGACCAAGUUGCCUCACUGGUGAAAAAAAGCUCACACUGGAAUGAUGAGACGUACAAACAUAAACUGCUGAAAUUCGCAUUAGAAAGCAACAACGGGAAAACAACGCCCACUCUUGUUUCUAGUGGCAUAGAUUUGGCUACCUUUUGCCAAAACAAUUUGGUGCGACUUUUCAGCAAAAUUGGCGACGCUGGGUGUGGCGUUGACACACUUGGGGAUGUGCAGGAUUACGUAAUGCAUGAAACGGAUGUUUUGUUAGAUAUAGCUAAUGGCGUUAAAACAAACGAAAUCGCCAUAAUUUGCCUUUUCAUUUGGUCCAUAUUUAGUAUGAGGUACGAUGUAUCCUACCAAUUGUGGCGACUGUCGGAAAACAAGAUGACUGCGGCUGUGUUUGCAUGCAAGUGUUUGGAACGAAUGAAAAAGUGCACAGGAAAUGAAGACAGAAAAACGAGAAUCGAAUGGAUGAUUGGUAAAUACGAUCAUAGAUCUACUUGGAUAUUGACAAAGUGUUACGCUGAUAAGAAGAACAAAGCAAAGAAGUGUCUAGUUCGCGAGAGGAAAGAAUUCGGAGGCACGUCUACACUGCUUAUGGCUAAUCAAAAUAAAGUUUUCAUACAGAACAAUGCUUGCCAAGCGGCAUUGAAUGACAUAUGGCUAGAACCGCUGAGCACAGAUGAGACCUCCAACCCAUUUUGGAAAAUAAUGCUCUUCAUGGUGAACCCAUUGCUUGCUGGUUUCUUUCUGAAUUUCGAAAAUCUUGAUUCUAAGAAAGACGGAAAUGAAAAGUGCUAUGGAGCAUGGAGGUUGAAAAGGGCACGGGACUUCAUGAAAAGCACGUUGGUCAAGUUUAUGUAUGACAUGCUGAGCUUUCUAGUGUUCUUAACUAUAUUUGCCUAUGCUAUAGUCUUCAGUACAAACCAGGCGCUUUCCGCAGUGAACUAUGCAUUGAUGGUAUGGGUUUUUACUUUCGCUAUUGAGGAAAUCAGACAGCUGUUUGUUUCUAAUGGUGAUUAUUUCACUGACAUAUGGAACUGGAUUGACUUGUUAGCCUUUGUUAUGUUUGUCGUUGGAGAAGUGUUGUGCCACAUUAACUUGGAAAUAGCGAGGAUAAUCAUGGCACUUGACUUCAUUGUUUAUUCCUUACGACUCCUUCACGCUUGCACUUGCCUUAGAAAUAUUGGACCAAAACUUGUGAUGAUUGGCAAAAUGAUGCAAGAUCUUGUCUACUUCCUAAUAAUUAUGAUGAUCGUUGUUGUGUCGUAUGCUAUCGCUACACAAUCGAUUUUGUACCCAAACUCACCCGUCACUUGGUAUACAUUCUACAAGACAUUGAAGAUUCCCUACUGGAACAUCUUUGGAGAACUCGGAUUGGAAGACAUUGAAGAUGUUGUUAAUUGCACGAACGAUACCAUGGCUGGUUUUGACGGCCUACCAAGAUGCCCUACCAAAAUAGGGACGUAUAUUGUUCCAAUCAUGAUGGCAAUCUACAUGUUGAUCGUCCACGUUCUCUUGCUUAACCUCUUAAUCGCCAUGUUCAGCUUCACGUUUGAGAAAGUCCAAGUCGAAAACGACAAGCACUGGUGUUUCCUCCGCUACAAGUUGAUCCGCGAGUACUAUGACCGACCCUUUCUCUGUCCUCCACUUAUGUUGAUCAGUCAUGUAACACGCUUCGUCUUCUACCUACGAAGAAAAUUAGGGAAAAAACAAAGCCGCAGCAGCAAUGCCUUUUGCACACACGUUGAUAAGACGGAAAGUGAUCGACUGAUGCGAUGGGAAAGGAUGCAUGCUGAGAGGGCGAAACUUAAUAAGAAAGACCUUACUCAUCUUGAGGAAUCGUCUCUUUCUGGAACAUACACCGAAAUCAGGCGUAAUUUGUUGAUCGACAUCUAAACUAUAUAUUACUGACAUUGUUGUUUGUAUUGGAUUGACGAUGUAUUGAUGGUGUUGAAAUUGUUCAGUAAAAAUGUGUUACAUUGGUGCAAUGUCAAACAGUUUAAGCCAUGCAUAUUUUCUUAUGAUAUGUGUUCCUUUUUUAUGUAUAUAAAUUAUUGAUAUUUGUAUCAUUCGACAAAAAAUGUAUAAAUAGAAAAAUAUUGUGACCGAUAUAAUAAAAGAAACACACACAAACGGUAGUAUUUUAUUGUGUCUAUUGCAGGUUGUCAAAGCAAUUUUGAACUCUUUCAUGUUAUGGUUUGUCUGAAAAAUGAUUACCAGAAUCUUAUGUAUGGCUUAUUAAGUGCAUACUGAUUCAUAUUCAUUUUGUCGUUUUACAUGCAGUAUAAGGGAAUAAGUUAUUAUUUUCUUUUCAUGUAACAUUUUCAUAUUUUUCAGUUUUUUUUAAAAUGACUGUUUCCUAGAUUGUUAUAAUCGUAUCAUUGUUAAAUCUUAUUAUGGACCCUAUGGAAGAAGAGAAGGCAUACAUAUUUGCAAAAAUCGGUUGGUCGGUAUGUCGAUUGUUAUAUUGUCUGUCGGUAGACCAAGUCUUGAGGUCUGUAAUACAUUCCUUUGAAAAAUGUGUACGCACAAAACCUUGAAAUCGGUUUG